CUCUCAACUUGUACAUUUAAAAAGAUACAGCUGCCAAGAAAGUGAGAAAGAGAGAGAGAAGCAAAAGAGAAAGCACUCCUGCCAAAAGCAAGCUUUGGAAUGAUGAAAAUGAAGAUUCUAUCAGCUCUUGUUUUGCUGAGCAUGCUGCUUGGUACUAACAUGAUGCCUUUCAGUCGACUUUCUUGUUACAAGAAAGUGCUAAAAGAUUGCAACUGUCACAGCAUCCCAGAAGGUGUGGCCAGUUUUCAAGGCAUUGAUGGAAAUCUUCAAGACCACUUCUGGGAAGGGAAAAGCUGUGAGAUGAUCUGUUACUGCAAUUUUAGUGAAUUGCUCUGCUGCCCAAAAGAUAUUUUCUUUGGACCAAAGAUCUCUUUUUUGAUCCCUUGCAACAAUCAAUUAUGAGCAUCACGUGUACCAGUGAGAAGACACACACAGGUCUUCACAACAGGAGAUAAACAAUGUUGUCAUAGAAAAUCUAUUCCUUUCUACAGCACUAGAGUGCAGAGCCUUGCUGUACCAAGUAGUAUAUGUUUCCCCUUCUGUAUAUAGAAGGAACCAUGGUUUGAAGCUUUAAUGGUAAAGCUCUCCUUUCUAACUUGGUAGCUACAUUAGCUUUCAUUAGAAGGAUUUAAGAAGAGUUCAGUAAAACCUCCUUAAUUCAUUGUGCAACCCAGACAGUCUCAAAAAAAUCUGCUGUUGUCAUUCCAUCUCUCAAAGAUCUAGGGUCAAAUUCUCAACUGCUAUAAGGCAGUAUAGCACCUCACUACACUGUUUUACACUCAUUGAAGCCCUUAGCAGCAGUUCACUGUACUGCACUUUCAUAUCAAUAAGUCUUCAUCACUUUAACAAAAAGUAACAUUGAAAUCGGUGGGAGCUGCUGUGCAUUCAGCACUUUUGAAAAUCAGGUCACUUAUUUAGGUGCCUAAAUAAGGUUUGAGGAUCCUAACUUUUACAUCUAUUUUUGAAAAUCUUGGUCUAAAAAGCUUGUUAAUCCCCCUGAGGUCAAUAGCAAGACUCUCACUAGCUUCCAUGGAAACACAAUUGAACUCUAAAUUCGCAAAAUAGUUAUCCAUAAUAGGCCCUUAUUUAAACUCCUCUUUGCACUUUUGGUGUUUAGUACACAGCUGCUAUAAUGUAUAUAUUCAGUAAAACAGCUACGGGUGAUGAUCCUCAUUCAAAUACUUUGGAAGACAACGGGCCCUGAAUCAGGCCUCGUUUGAGCUAUAGCACAACUCAGUAGUAACUUAAAAUGCUAGUUCCCUAUCUUUAAUAUAGCCCUUUAGGAGAAAACAGGUAUGUAAUUAGACACAGAGACUAGCCUUCUAAGCAUGUACACCAAUGAAAGCUGUAUGCCAUAAGUAUUAAAUGUUUCUUUUCAUUAACAUACGGUAAUUCCUAGAGCUACCAAGUUAAUCAGAUGGAAAAGUGUGAAAAUAUCUACUGCAAAAUAUGAAACUUCAAUAUAGCUAUCUUGUGCUAUUCUUUUUCAAUGACACUUUCUGCAGUAGUCAUUUUAUGUAAAUUACAUAGCAUUAAAAAAAUCACUAUUGCCUAAUAGCCAACCAUAUUUCACUUACAUGACAACUUUGUAUCAAAUACAAAAUAUGUUCAGAAACUUUGCCAUCUAUAAUGGUUGGAUUAUUGUAAUCUUGUACCUAGUUGGUCAGAGUGUUUGCUGGACUAUAUGCAAAUGAUAAUAAAUGUGUAUUCAGUUAAUCAUGUAUGUAUGUUAAGUGACUUGCACCAAAUAGUUUCACAAUGACCAGCUGCAGGACAGAUGCAAUUUUUUAGAAAGUCUCAGUUUACCUGUUCCUCAUUCACCGGUUUUCCCAGAGCCUGAUCAAACUAUGCAAAAGAGAAGCUCCGAGCAGAGUCCAGAGACAAAAAACUGUUAAUCUCUGCAGAUGCAAAUAAGACCUGCUGAAACCUAGGGAUUUCUGGAAAGCUUGAAGGCCUUGUCCUGCCAUCUAUCAGCAAGGUGUGGAGAGACAAGCUGUCUCCUUCCUCUUUCAGGUUCUACCUGAAUUACACUAUGCUUGCCUCUGCUGCUCACAACUUUCCAAAGAAGUAGUAGCAAAACUGACAACUGUCACCUUCACAUCGCCAUACAGCAUUCUGAAUGUGGCAGUAAAAUUGACCAGUUCUGUGAAAUUCACCAAUUUCCUUCUUCUACUGCUGGUUGGGAAAGGCUCUGCAAGCUGCAGAUUCAAAAAGACAGCACCACAACCUCUCUCAUGCAGGAGGUUAUAAUUGACACAGUAUUAAGAGC